AUGUUGCUGACAAUGAGGCGUCAGAAUGAAGUGAUAAGCAGCCAGCAGCACUCCACAUCGUUGACAGCCGCAAACACAGCCACGCCCUCGCCGCCUGCAACAGUAGCAGCAUCAGGAGCAGCAGGAGCAGCCGUUGCACCGCCCACAUUGCCACAAUCAGCGCCAGGCUUAAGCCUAGUGCCUACCACACCCACCGCAUCGCAGGACUCGCUUAACACGCCAACAACACCGCUCAGUCGCAACCCAUUGCAGUUUACCGCACCACCCGCACCCCCGCCCAUUGCAGUGGCAAGUGUGGCAGCUUCAGCACCCGCCUUUGGGUAUUAUAACAAUAAUAGCACCGCAGUUGCAACAUCUCAGCCGACAUCGAAUUAUCUGCAUCAUCCGGCCGCAGUUGGCAAGGAGACGGCAGGAGUUGAGCUUGACGAGUACGUGGAUAUAUUGCAGGUGCAGCAACUGUUGUUGGACUCGUCGGCGGCAGCAGCAGCGGCAGCAGCUAAUCCCUCCCAGGAGCAUCAGCAGAGUCCCCACCAUCACCAGCAACAACAACUGCAACAGCAACAGCAGCAACAACAACAGCAACUGCAGUCUCUGGCCAAGCCGCGUCCGCGCAUCAAUCUACAGAAGGCAUCGGAGUAUGCCGCUCAAUUAGCGCAGGCUGAGACAUCCUCGCCUGCCUCGCGUCGCGUUCUUCUCGACUAUCCAAAUCCCUAUCUGUACGGAAAUCAUUAUCACCACACGCCGCCAAGCGAGGACCUCGUGGCCCUUUGGUUUGGCAGCAAUGGAACAGGCGGCGUAGCCCCUGGAACCCCAUCCGCGGCCAUGAUCAUGGAAGGGCUUGAAACCCUGGUGGCGCCAACGCAUCACGCAUUCCUGCUGACCGAAACGGCCGCUGCGGCCCAUUUCAAUGUGCUGAGCUUUGACACGUGCCUCUUCAAGACGAGCACGGCGCAGAGCAGCAGUCCGUCGGCCGCCAGUUAUUUGAGCUCAGCGCAGUUUGGCGGUGGCGCCGCCGCCGGCAGCAGCUCCAGUGUUGCUGCCACGAGCAACGGUCAGACGUUGUUGCACUAUACAACAGCUGCAACAGCGGCCAGUCACAGUCACAGCCACAACAAUCACAACAAUAACAAUAACAAUAACUCGGUGCUACGUGCGCGCAAUCAAACAGCCACGCCCACACAAGGCGGUAGCCCUGGUAACGUGGCAGCGCAGCCAAAUUCGGGCAGCGCAGCAGCCGCUAGCAGCGGUCGCAGUUCAGCUUCACAUCUCAGCCUGCUGAACACUAGCCAACAAAGUCCCGUUACGGCCACCGAGCACGGUGUGACCGUGGAAUCCAAACAGCUGAUCGAGGCACUGCCCGGCGAUCUCAACACGCCGGUGACCACGUCCAGCGAUAUACCCUCAUUCUUUGGCCCAUCCACAGUGGUCGAACCACCACCAAUUACCGGCUGCAUUGAAUCGGAGGAUCUGUCGCUGGAGCCUCAGGUUGUGUCCGUGGCGAGUCCUGUCUUGUCCUCGUGCAGCCCAUUGAAGGAGGAACGCAGCACGCCGCCAGCAUUGUCCAUUGUCAAGGAAGAAUCAAGUAAUAAUAGUUGUAACAUGUAUCCACUACACAACAACAACAACAACAGCCACCUUCACACCACAUCAACAACAACAACAACAUCAACAACAACUGCAACCACAACAGCCACAGCAACCGCCACAAAACAAACAAACAGCGAUAGCAGUAACACUGAAAGUGUUGGCUCGCCUGCUGCAACAGUAACAACUGCUGCUGGCAAUAGCAACACACACUCACAACAACAGCAACAACAACAGUUGCAUCACAACAACAGCCAUUGUCAACACAGUCACCAACAACAACAACAGCAGCAGCAGCAGCAGCAACACAUGAGCUCACCGCAACACCAACAACAAUACCAACUACAACAACAACAACACCAAAUACUACACCAACAGCAACAACAACAACAGCAGCAACAAUUGCCACACCAUCAUCAUCAUCAUCAUCACCAUCAUCACAGUCACCACCAACAUCAACACCAACAGCAACAGCUGCAACACCAACAGCAGCAGCAACACCAACAACAACAACAGCAGCAACAACAACAACAACCACCACACCACCAGCAACACUAUCAACAACAUGCACUACAACAACAACAACAACUGCCUGGCAAAAUCUCAUAUCGAGGCAUUUUUACCACAACAGGCAACAACAACAACAGCGCAAUGAGCGCCGCCCAACAACUGCAACAGCAACAACAACAGCAGCAACAACAAUUGGCAUCCCCACAGCUGAGUGUGCUGCCAGGACAGAUGUCGCCACCGUCAAACAGUCUGGGCAAUAGCUGGGGUCUUCCCAGUCCGGACAAGUCGCUCUUCCAGCCACCGAUGUUCAGUCUGCCCGCCCACUACGCCGUGCAACAGCAGCAGCAGCAACAGCAACAGCAGCAACAACAGCAGCAGCAGCAGCAACAACAACAGCAGCAAUCAGCUGGUGCCACAACCUCGCCCUACGACGAUGGACGUGUCGCCGUUGCUGCCGCCGCUCAACAUGCCGAGCUCUUGGGUCUGAGCAUGGAUUGCACGCCAUUGCUGCUGAAGCAGGCAACUCCCAGCUACACAGGAGCAACCGUAUCGACAGCCGGAUUCGCCAGUCUCGCGGAUUUGCAGAGCAGCCACGAGCAAUUGCAACAGCAGCAGCAACAAUACGCCGUACGCUCUCAGCUAUCCGCCGUGGCCACUCCCAAAUAUCAGUGGCUGGAUACACCCGCCGAUUAUGCAGCCGCUGCGGCAGUUGUGCAACAGCAGCAGCAACAGCAACAACAACAGCAACAGCAGCAACAGCAGACAUUGGUGCUGCCAGGACCAACAUCGUCAGCCAGCUCGAGCAAUGCUGCUCUCGGCGUGCUCAUACCGAAACAGGAAAGCUAUCCGGAUAUGCAGCCCAAUUCAAAUGGCACCGGUUACUCGAGUGCAUCGGCAGCUGCUGCUGCUGCGGCGGCUGCUGCUGCCGUGCAACUGGCGGAAUACAGUCCGUCCACGAGCAAGGGACAUGAGAUACUGUCGCAGGUAUAUCAACAGAGCACUGUGCCCCUCAAGCUGGUGCCCGUGAAGCCACGCAAAUAUCCGAAUCGUCCCAGUAAGACGCCAGUUCACGAGCGUCCCUAUGCCUGUCCCGUGGAGAACUGCGAUAGGCGUUUCUCUCGCUCCGAUGAGCUGACCCGCCACAUACGCAUCCAUACCGGUCAGAAGCCAUUCCAGUGUCGCAUCUGCAUGCGCAGCUUCAGCCGCAGCGAUCACCUGACCACCCACAUUCGCACCCACACCGGCGAGAAGCCCUUCAGCUGUGACAUUUGUGGACGCAAAUUCGCCCGCUCCGAUGAGAAGAAGCGUCAUGCCAAGGUUCAUCUCAAGCAGCGCAUCAAGAAGGAGUCCAAGCUCAGUCGCGAACAGCAUCAGCAACAGCAGCAACAGCAACAGCAGCAACAAGCAGCCGCCGCCGCCGCCGCCGCACAGCAGCAACAGCUGCAGCAACAGCAACAGCAGCAACAUCAUCAACAGUAUCAACAUCAUCAUCUGUUGCAUGCCGCCGAUUUGGCCAUCGUGACAAGCAGUGCGACCAGCAUGUAGACCGCAGAGAACUCAUCGUCCUCGAUUGAUUCCAACAAAGGGCAGCGCCUGCCGGAGCAACCAUCCGCAUUCGAAUUGGGCCUAGAACUAGACCUCGACAUCGACAUCGAUGAGAGCCCGCUGCCCUUUGAGCUCACUUUGACCUCAGACUAUGGCACACUCUCACCAUUGAGCAGCCCCCUGCAGUACAACUAUGUGCUGGUCAGCCAGGAGUCUAGCGAGCUGCUGCUGUGCAGCCAGGAUUCGCUCAGUCAGGGCCUUUAAAAUGUGCAACAAAUACAAUAAGCAGCUGCCCCUAUUUCCUCUCUCUCUCUCUCUCUCUCCUAUACUAUUUUUCAAUCUAAGCAGGAAUCAAUCGUUGAUGCUGAAUCUAAAAAAGAUACACACACACACACACACCACAAUUAACACUAGGCAACAACAUUUGUUCAGCCCAAAGAGUUAAUAUAUAUUAUAUUUUCAAAUUAGUUAGAUGUUUGAUAUACCAAAAUUCACUUGUUCCAUAUGAAUUUUAAAUUUGAAAUUUGGUUUAAACUGUGUACACACAUUUUAAGCUAUCUAACUACAGUUGAAAACUAUGUAUAUUGACUCUUUUGACUGACAAUAAGAUUAUAAUUUUGUUACCUAGUGUAAUUAACUAAAUAGUUACCAAGUUGUAGCUGCAAUUUUGGGUUGUGCCAGCAACAAAAUCUACGCAAGACAUUAAUCUAAAAAAAACAAAAAAUUAUUAUAUAUUAAACUGAAGCAUCAGCAAGUUCGAAGAGCCGCACUUAAAAUAAUAGUUACUAACCGAUCAAAGUCUAACAAGAACAUAAACAAAAAAA